CUUCCCUUUAUGUUGCAUCUUCUUCAGGGAAUAUUACACUUCUCUCUUUGACGUACGACUACUUCUCCUCGACCGGAUCAUCUGAUUUUGUUGAAGACGGUUACUUUGCCGGUUUUGCGCCGAAAAAAAGAUACAAUCUCUCGGUCGUCCAUACCUUCAAGACACCUGCGCAGAGUCCAGCAUGGUUGACCUUGAAUGAACACAACAACAUUCUUUACCUCAUCGAUGGCGUGACGACCGGCAACGGAACCCUUACUUCUUACCGCACGAGUUCUCAUAACGGUACAGGUCCUCCUAUUCAGUUAGAUAGUGUAGAGUGCCUUCUUGACGGGGCCGCCGCCGACUUUUAUGCCAAUGGGAAGGCUCUUGCUGUGGCGCAUUACACCAGCAGCGCUUUACAGACAUACGAUGUUACCGCUUCAAACGGCACACUCAAGCUUCUCCAGACGUUUACGUACAAAAUGGCCGAACCAGGACCCGCCGGAGAGCGCCAGGCCGCACCACACAUUCAUGAAGCGCGUACCGACCCACUAGGCGAAUACUUGCUGGCGAUUGAUCUCGGAGCCGACCUUGUGCGUGUAUAUGCUAUCGAUCACGAUUCUCUCCUCUUAGAUGAGCGUGCAGCACUCAAAGCCACCCCGGGGUCCGGGCCACGACAUGGCGUGUUCACACAAGAUCCAAUUCUCUUCCCCGAUGGUAUUGCAAGUUACGUGUUCUAUCUUGCCGCUGAGAUAGCGGGCACCAUCACUGCCUACCGUGUGACUUAUCUGCCUGACUUGGGAGGCCUUCAAUUCGACUUACUUCCGAAUGGCACAUACUCUUCGUUGGAACCAGGAACCCCCAAACCUGACACCGGGGGGAAAGGAAUUACAGGUGAGCUCAGGGUAAGCCCAGACGGCGACUUUCUAAUUGUGAGUAAUCGCCGUGAUGCGCGCUUCAAUGGCACCGCAGCUCAGUAUCCACCGGAUGGGAGGUCGGACUCGAUGUCUAUUUUCCGGAUUCGACAGGAUCUCGCCGGUAAGCUUGACUUUGUGCAAGCUUCUCCCGCCGGUGGCUUGAUGGCCAGGACCUAUGACCUAAAUUCAGCUGGAAAUCUGGCAGCUGUUGGGAUCCAGGAGGGAUCACGAAUCACCAUCCUGCAGAGAGAUCUUGGGUCUGGCUUGUUUAGUGAACAAGUGGCAGAGGUUGACGUUGAAGGCGAGAUUUGGGCCGUUAUCUGGGAUGACUAGAUAAGCACGGGAUGACCCUAUACGAUCUAGGUAAUUGUAAGAUCUGCAAGAUUCCGUGAAGAUUCCUUCUCAGAGCCCUGUCUAUCAAUACUUCAUUAGAAUACUUAUGUUCAGAG